AUGGCCGCCAGCAACGAAGACGAGAACAGCGAAAAGCCCGAUGGUGCCAACGUUUUGCACUGCAUCUCUUGCGGCGACGAGUACAGCAACGAAUCGGCUGCCCAGGCACCCUGCGGUCAUCUCUGGUGUGCUGGCUGCCUGGGUCGCUAUUUUGGGAGAGCCACUGUGGACGAGGGCAUGUUUCCUCCGCAGUGCUGCACGCAGCCGAUUCUGCUCACCGAUGUGAGCAAGUGGCUACCGGCAGAGCUCGUGACGGAGUUUGAGGAGAAGCAGAUCGAGUUUACCACGCCAAAACGACUAUACUGCGCCAACAAGCGCUGCUCGGCGUUCAUCUUACCAGACAAUAUCGCCAUCGACCGCGGCUCGUGCAAGGUCUGCGGCAGGGCGACCUGCACGAUUUGCAAGGCCGCGGGUCACAAGGGCAUCUGCUCCCGCGACCCUGCCAGGAGGAGGACCAUGGCCUUGGCCAAGCGAGAGAACUGGCAGAAAUGCUAUGGCUGCAAGACGGUGGUGGAGCUGGACUCGGGCUGCAACCACAUCACUUGCCGCUGCGCCUAUGGGCCGAGAACCGUAUCGUCGGUGAUGCUGCCUGAGCUGCGGGAGCUCGGCGACGGCUCUCCAUAUGGUGUGACCACACGGCCGCUCUUGGACAUGGUAGGCAUGAUGGGCAUGACAACCUCUUGA